AGAAAUAUUUUUGGACAAAUGUCUCACCAAAAACUUGUCGUAAACAUGACAGUUUUCUAGUAGUGUAAUAUAUAUUAUAGGCAGUUAUAUGUGGAUUUUUGUUGCAUCAACGUUUGCAUUUGAAAACAUGGCAAACUUGGCACUGGCUGUGAACUUGGUGACAUAUUUGAAUGCGCUAAUGCAUUAUGACAUAGCCGAUGCAGCCACGCACGUAACAAAUUUCAUGGGCACAAAUCAUAUCCUUUCCAUCGUUAUGGCUUGCGUUGCUGAUGCCUACAUGGGCCGAUUUAAACCUGUUGUUAUCGCAGCAUUUGUAGAAUGUCUGGGACUUGCAUUGCUCACAGUCCAAGCUCAUUCCCAAAAGCUGAAACCACCUCUUUGUAACAUAUUUUUACCAACAUCCAAAUGUGAGAAAGUGAGCGGAGGAAACGCUGUGUUACUGUUCUUUGGGAUCUACAUGUUGGCUGUUGGUGGUGCAGGUGUAAAGGCAGCAUUGCCAUCACAUGGUGCAGAUCAAUUCGAUGAAAAAGACCCAAAAGAGGCUACACAGAUGUCGACUUUCUUCAAUGGUUUGCUACUAGGCCUUGCAGUGGGGGGUUCAGUUAGCUUAACUUGUUUCGUGUGGGUACAAGUUAAUAAAGGCUAUGACCGAGGAUUCGGGCUUUCGUUGAUCGCCAUGUUCUUGGGUGCGAUCAUCUUUAUUUCUGGAUUGCCACGGUAUCGGAUAUAUGUUGUGCAAGGGAGCAGUGCCAUUACAGAACUUUUGCAGGUUUACGUUGCAGCCAUUAGAAAUAGAAAUCUUCAACUUCCUGAGGAUCCAUCUGAACUACAUGAGACCCCCAUAUUGGAUAGAGAAGCUGCAACUCAUCAUGAAUUCUUACCACAUAGAGAUGUUUACAGGUGGCUAGACAAAGCAGCAAUCAGAUCCAAUGAAACUGAACCUCCAAAUCCAUGGAAACUCUGCAGGGUUACACAAGUAGAAAAUGCAAAAAUCUUCUUAGCGAUGGUUCCAGUUUUCUUGUGUAGCAUUGUUAUGACAUUAUGCUUAGCCCAACUAAGAACAUUUUCAGUUCAACAAGGAGUCACUAUGAAUACUAAGCUUACAAACUUUUUCAACAUGCCACCUGCAUCCCUCCCUAUUAUUCCUAUAUCAUUUAUGCUCAUUCUAAUUCCAAUUUAUGACCAAAUCUUUGUCCCUUUUGUUCGUAAGUUCACCGGCAUCCCCACUGGAAUAACUUACUUGCAAAGAGUAGGAGUGGGGCUUCUUUUGUCUUCAUUAGUAAUGGCGGUCGCUGGUACUAUAGAAGUAAAGCGAAAAAACAUCGCUAAACACCAUAACAUGCUAGACGCGAUCCCUGUGUUUCAACCAUUGCCCAUCAGUGUGUUUUGGUUAUCAUUCCAAUAUUUUGUUUUUGGUGUAGCUGAAUGUUUCACAUACGUGGGGCUACUCGAGUUUUUCUACUCUCAAGCACCAAAAUCAAUCAAAUCCAUCUCUUCUUGCUUUCUUUGGAGCUCAAUGGCAGCUGGGUAUUUCAUGAGUAGUAUCAUGGUGAAGAUAGUGAACCAUGCUACAAAAGGAGUCACCAAAAGUGGAGGAUGGUUGGCCGGAAACAACAUAAAUCGUAAUCAUUUGGAAAAAUUUUACUGGUUGCUUUCUAUAUUAAGUUUGAUCAAUUUCGCUGUUUAUCUAUUUGUUGCAUUAAGGUACAAGUACAGGCCAUUGAGUCUUGAUGUUGAGGAUGAGAAUGAGGUACAUCAACUGAAGAUAUUGAAUCCUUCAAUGGAGGAUUUAUGA